AUGAAUUAUUUGAUAAUAUCUGCUAUUAAAGCUGCACAGCUUUCUGCAAAUGCAAUAAUAAGAUGGGUUGAGGUUAUGAGUUCUGACGCUACCCCACAACGUAAAAGUGACUUUGAUCGCUGCAGCUAUUUCUCCCUGCAACUUUACAAAUCGACUUAUCAUGUUUUACAUCAUAUAGUCAAUACAGCUCAGCUGGCCGUUUUUGCAAGAAUGGCUUUUGAUAAUUUCAAAAUAGGAGAGGAGCUAGUAAAGAUUAUAACGUUAGCAGGACGCACUACAAGACAGGACAUAAUUUUAGUAGUUAAAGAUCUUAUCAACUCUGAAAAUAUUCAUAUAAAUAAAUUGGUAGGCUUAGCAACUGAAGGAUCUCCUGCGAUAGUAGGCAGAGAGAAAGGAUUUAUAAAUUUGCGUCGUAAAGACAACAGCUUUCUGAAAUUUCUGUCUUACUAUGGUGUAAUACACCAUGAGUCACUGUGUGGAAAGUUUUUAAGUAUGAACAAUGUAAUGAAAACAGUUAUAAAAAUAGGGAACAAAGUUGCAGAACAUUCAAUUCAGAGACGUUUGUUCAGAGAGCUGAUUGAUGAACAAGAUUGCCAAUAUGGUGAUCUAUUGCUUUACACGGAAGUUCGUUCGUUGAGCAGAGACAGAAUUUUAUAG